AUGGAUCUCGACCAGCCUGUUGACCCACCCGAUUCAAGUCAAGCACAAGAUGUUGCCGAGCGAGGCACUUCUGCGGACCCUGAACCGCGCGUGUUCAACAUAUGUGGUCUUUGCAAGUUCCGCCUCCAUGGAGGCCAAGCCAUCAUCACGGUCGACCGAAGUAACUCUACCCUGCCUCUUACCUGGGACGACAAAUACUACCCAGAAAAUGAGAUUCUGCGCCCCUAUGGACAAAAGACUUUCCAUACAGGUUGUUUCCAAAUUGCUGGCGAUGUCGUAUUUGCCAAGGGCUUUCUGGAAUCGUGCACAUGGAACCUCGUCAAGUUCAGAUUCCAUUAUGAUUCAUUCACUCAGCCACCGCCGUCUUUUGUUGCACGACGUGCUCGAAGGCUCAGAUCAUCACUUUCUCUGGCAAUUCGACAUGCCAUCAAGAAUCGACUUCCGAUUGAAGUAUGCGAGAAUAUUGCUGCUUACUGCUUAAGCGAAUAUGCGACAAACCUUCACCUGGAUGCAUGGCAACGUCGGGAUCCUAGUGGUCCGAACAAAGAUGUAACACUGCCCAUUUUCAACGGCCAAACUAUUUGGGCUCAGUACGUUGAAAUCGAAGGUCGCAACUACGUCAAGUCUCUGUCCACCGCUCGCAUGAACGAGAAUGAUACAAUGGCUUUUAUGGUCAAACCCAAGCCCAACUCUUGGAUGGGGUUAAAAAUGUACUUCACUGAAGAUAGUUUGGGAGUACGAAGCGUCAUUGCCUCUUCGGAUGAUGGUAUUCAGAGUACUGAGGAACCUGGCCUUCGAUGGAUCUCCAUUCCUUCGAAGACUUACAAUAUCCCAUUCUAUAUCAGGAUGGACUUCGAUGGCCUCAAGCUGCGCAAUUUGGAUGUCACCCAAUACGAAAGAGAGCAUCACUAUGAACAACGAGCACGUUGGGCCAUGUUCCCCAGAGACCUUGGCCACCCGAACGCUCCCCCAGAUAAUAUCGAAACAGGUCAUGGGGCAGCAGUCCAUGCGGUCGACUGGAACCUGCCUGGAGUCUCCGUUCCCUAUAGGUCGGGGAAGUUAUCUCCUGCCCUCCUUGAUGCUUAUGCCAAUGCCGGAUUAGUUUGUCUUUAUUUCCCUGUUGACCCUGACGAACGAAUUUCUAAGCUAUGGCUUCGCUCAGGAGACUUCCCAUGCGAUGAUGAUGAUGCCUUGACUCGAGCAGAGUCUCUCAUAGUUGCAACAAGCAGCCGUCGCAGUCUUGUGCUUGGCCCUGACAUCCGAUCUCGCUCAUCACAUAGCAACAGGCCCCUCAACUACGAAGCGCUUGCCGAUUUGCCAUCAACAACUUCAGCCCGAACAUUUUACUACAAGUACACAAAUACGGAGUCUUGGCUCGGGUUCGAGAAAACAACAACAUGGCAUGAGCGCAAGAUCAAACUCUCAUUUGGACCACCAGCCAGGCCCGGUCCAUACGACUGGCCUGACCGAUUCUUUUCAACAUCCGCCGAACUCGAGAACCUUCAGACGAUUACCCCAUGCCGUGGGUGGGGAGACUGCGUAGAUAACGAAAUCUUUGGUCUACUCUUCACCUACACAGAUGGCCGUCAACGAUCCGUUGGGCAAAUUCGUCUUGAUCACUUGCAGGACUCCAUCAAUAUUUCUGACAAGUUUUGGCUUGGAAGCUCCGGGGACACGGAACCUGAUGACGAAGAGCCCUAUUCACCGACAGGGCAUAUCACAUGGCUAGGUGUAUGCAAGCCAGUGCUGAAUUCUGACAUGAAUAUGCAAUACCUCGAGAUUCCGCUAAGAGGAAAGCUCGAGUGGCGGUCGACAUGGGGGACUGUGCCCACGGAAAGCGAUGUGCUGCAUCUUGGCUCCGAAGCCUGCAAACUGCAAAGCGAGAUGGAUCAAGUCUUAGCCCAUGAGGCUUCAUCUGGUACUGCUUCGAAGACGGCGGUUAAGACGUUCUCUGUUCACACCGGUGACAUGUGCUUCUACGAAGAAGAGAACGGUUUGUAG